UCCGUCUACCACCUCCUGCAGUCGCUCCAUCCUCUGGAUCCAUCCAGGCUGUUUGGAUGGCAGGCAGCAAACACCCUCAACUCCACCGAGACGACGGAGCUGCCUCAUUUCUCCAGCCCUCACCUGGUCAACAGGUUCGCUCUGGUGGAGAACCUGGACUUCCUGUACUACCUCCGUCACGGCCGACCGUCCUUCGCCUACGCCACCUUCCUGGUCCAGCAGCUGAGCAGCUGCAGCGACGUGAAGCUGCUGUGAGUGCGACACAUCUAACUACAGCUGUCCAGGUGUGGUCGGGUCC